UGACGUGCAGAUAGAAAGCGGGACCAGCCCUCCCGUCGCCAUUUUUCCCGUGUCCUGCUUGCGCUUUCUGCUGGCUGAAACAAGCGGGACCCGCUGAAAUUAGAGAACGGAUAUCGCACGGAACCGGCACGCCUGGAUCUCUCGCGGGCACUCGAGGAAUGCACGCGAGAACUGGAGCGCAGCAGACACGCGGCGGCCGUCAUAUCAUUUUUUGGUGUGAAGACGUGUUGCGAGCCGCCAUUUUUCCCCCCCUCAAAAGUCUACUCCGACCCGAGAAAGGGGAGUUAAACACCCCAAUUCCGUGACGUCCGCCUUUUUGUGACACCAAGAGGAUACAGAGUCGGUAUUUUCUUUCUCUACGCUGUCACAAUUUUUGUUUUUAGUUGCAAACAUGGAGAUGGAACGCGCCUGAGGCCACCCUUUCCGUUCUCGUAACUGACACUGACUGAACUGAAGCUAAAUAAUUGUGAGUUUUCGCGGAAGGCGGAACAACGAGAGGAAGCUUUAUUGAUCAUUUGUUGCUUCAGUUUCCGUCGAUGUUCGUCCGUUUCGGGGCCGUUAGCUGCUCGUCACAUUAUGCUCCCGGGCUGGAUCAGCAGGUCGGUCGCAGCCUGUCGCUGAAAACGUCAGGUUGAUCUUUUGUUUAUUUGUUUUAAUCGGGUCCUCGGGCGACGAACGCCCUACCCCGCAUCUGCCAAGUACUGCAGCUGGAUGCGAUAGGCCCGUUUGAAUCUAACUUAUUCAAUAGUUCUCAUUUUCUUCUUUAUAUUAACUUAUUUUUUAAAGAUUUUUUUUAAAAUGUCCGCGUCCCGAUUUGACUCGUCUGAUCGCUCGGCCUGGUAUUUCGGACCAGUGUCGCGACAGGAGGCGCAGAACAGGUUACAGGGGCAGAGACACGGCAUGUUUCUGGUGCGAGACUCGUCCACCUGUCCCGGGGACUACGUGCUGUCGGUGUCCGAAAACUCCAAAGUAUCUCACUAUAUCAUCAACUCUUUGCCCAGUAAGAGGUUCAAGAUAGGAGAUCAAGAGUUCGAAAACCUCCCAGCCCUUCUGGAGUUCUACAAAAUCCAUUACCUGGACACAACAACGCUAAUAGAACCAGCAUCCAGGUACCCAAGCACUAUUGGUGGUCCGGUCCAGUCUAUGAUUGGUCCAGAGGAUAACUUUGAGUACGUGCGGACACUAUAUGACUUCACUGGUAGUGACGCGGAGGACCUUCCAUUCAAGAAAGGGGAGAUCCUUAUCAUUUUGGAAAAGCCAGAGGAACAAUGGUGGAGUGCCAAAAAUAAAGAUGGACGCGUCGGGAUGAUCCCCGUGCCCUACGUGGAGAAAUUGGUACGACCCUCCCCCCAUCCUGGCCAGCCUUCCCACGGCUCGCGCAACUCCAACAGCUACGGUAUCCCGGAGCCAUCCCACUCCCUUGUUAACGCCUAUGCCCAGCCCCAGACCUCUCCCCCCAUGCCCCCCGGCACACCCGGAGCAGUCAUUGCCCCGUUGCCCUCCAUGCAGAAUGGUCCUGUGUUGGCAAAGGCCAUUCAGAAGCGUGUGCCCUGUGCCUACGACAAAACUGCCCUUGCUCUAGAGGUCGGCGACAUGGUCAAAGUUCUACGGAUGAACAUCAGCGGUCAGUGGGAGGGCGAGGUGAACGGACGCAGGGGGCACUUUCCCUUCACUCAUGUCAAAAUCGUAGACCCGCUGAACCCGGACGAGGGGGACUGACGCGACCCUGGAUGCCCCACCUGUCCCGCCAGCGUCACAGUAACGAGCUUGUCUGCUUGAUGUGGGGCGGGGGGUUAGCCAGCUGUCACCGGGCUUUUAAAGAGUUUACAGCUGUGGUCUCAAAUGUGACCCUCCUUCCUCAGCUCCCGUUUUCAGGUUUUAGUUCCAGGCUGGGCAGUUUAUCUCCUCCUCUUCAUCAGUCUCUUUUUAUUUCCACAUGACAGUGCAUCAGACUGAAAGUUGUAUGGAAACGUCCAUGUGUAGUUUUUAACAAUUUAGACCAUGCUUUUGAAAAAUCAAGAUAUGGAAAAUAAUCUGGAUUUGGUAGGAAACAAAAUCGAUGAGGAACAAGCCAGCCAUUAUUUCUCCAAUCCUUCUAGUCGCCGUUGAAGCGGAGCCAUCCGCAGACACGCACACAUCAUUGGUCGGAUUCUUCCAAUGGUUUCUGCCUCCACCUUCCUGAUGGGGCGUGGCACGGCCGGGGUGGCGGUUCAUCUGAUCGGUGCCAUAAGAUCAACCUCUUCCUCUUCGUCUGUUGGAGGGCGGACUCUGAAUUCUGUCGGUACCGAUGGCGUCUGAUGAUUUUUCUUUCUUUUUUUCCUUCUUCUUUACCGAUAAAGCUUAAAGGUUAUAAAGUUCUUCGUGCUAACGGCUUUCAGCUCUAAAAGACUUUGAACACGCCGCAUAGGAGUGCCAAUUUGAAUAAGAUUUCAAAUAGCAAUGUAUUUGCCAAAAACAUCUGACUACUAUCGAAACAAAAGAUAUGGUUUAGCGUUUCAUCUUGACUUUAAGUGUUAACCUCUUUAAACAUUUGGUCCGGUUUUAUUUACGUCCAAAAAACCAUGAAAACUCCUAAUUCUGCCAUAAUGCCCCCUUCCUCCUCCUCCUCCUUAGCCGUUCACUCAAGUUGUGCAGCUUAAGUUGUUUUUCUUUUCUGUUUCAUGUGUUUUUUUUUUGUCCUGCUUUUAAGUGGAUUAUUUCAAAAUGACUAUUGUUAAAAAUCAAAAAGGACAUUAAAAAAAUCAAAUAAAGGGAAUUCCAAAUGCCUGCUGGUUGCCUCUGUGCAUGACCUCUUGGCCGGGGAGUUGGUCAAAUGCUGCUUUUUAAAAUUUAUCUCUUCAUUAAAUAAAAGAUUUAUCUUUUUUUUUUCAUCCUAGCUGGGUUCUGUUUGUCAGGAUUUAAUGAAUUCUAAUUAAGCAAUACAACUUAGUUUUUAUUUUUAUUUCCAUAUUUCUGGUCUUGCUUCUGAUUUUUUGUUUUGUUUUGUAUUGGCAUUAACAGUAUUACUGUUCUUCUAUUUUAGGAAAACCUGUCUUGUACUUCAGAAUUGAAAAUUGUGCCUUUUUAAUUUCUUACACUAUGUAACAUGUGUUAAUAUUUCCCAUGGUUCUUACCUCUGCCGGUAUUGACCCUGUAUGUACAGAGCAAGUAAAUAAAAUUUACGUCUACUUCUUUAAA